AUGGCCCUCAACUCCACCUUCGGAGCCAUCGUGUCCACCACCGCGGGCGCUGUGUCUCCCGCCGGUGCUGCCCGCUCUGUCUCGCCUAUCGUCCUCUCCUUUGACGCUGGGAACUACACCAAGUGGGCAAUCUACCUCCGCGCCUCGCUCGGCCGUGCUGGCCUCAUCAGCCACAUCGACAGCACCACUCAGGCCGCUCCUACCGACGGCGCAUGGAUGGCGGAGGACUACACCGUGAUCAACCAUCUGCACGCGGCCAUCGACGAGGACAUCGCCGACAUGGUCCUCGCCAGCAACCAGACCGCCCGCCAGCUCUGGCUGGCCAUCUACGAGCUCUUCUCCGCCAACAAGGCCAGCAAGGCGAUCUACCUCGACAACGACUUUCGCCAGCUGGUCCAGGGCACGUCCUCCAUCACCGAGUACUGCCGCCGCCAGAAGCAACUCUCCGACGCCCUCGCCGACAACGACUCCCCGGUCUCGGCCCGCACGCUCGUCCUCAACACUCGGCGCGGCCUCGGGCCUCGGUUCUCCUCCGCGGCUACCGUGAUCUCAAUGACGGACCCACUGCCCACUUUCAUCCGUGUUCGGAGCAUGCUCCUCAUGGAGGAGAUGCAACAGGCCAACGGCGGCUGCUAA